AUCGGAGAGCUCGCCGCGCUGAACUCAAAUCUGUUGAAAAAGCGCGUGUUGAUCUGAGUUCAGUUUUGAUCUGAGUCUGGGGUUCAUGUGCUUGUCUUUCCUUGUUGACAGAAGAAGACAGAAAAAACGUGGAAGAUUGUCAUCUUUGAAGAACUGUCCUAACACUGGUAGAUGAACACAAUGGAGUCUGUGGUGAGAAAGCGUAACAAGGAGAACACUAAACCAGUUUCUGGCCCUAAAAAACAAGUCAUCAGCAGUACUGUAUCGAAACAAAGAGUACCAUGUAAAACGGCACCCCUUCAGUCAAAGAAUGAUCUGAGGGAGGAUAACUCUGGAAAGAAGGGAAAGAAUGUUAGAGCGCAUGACAAAAGUAAUGAUGCUGAUCCUGUUAAGCGUUACACUCUAAGCCAGGCCUUUCGUACACAGCAGACUAUAAGACAACGAAAGCUUGUGGAAGAAGUUCAGAAACCACCUUUUACGGUCUCUGCUGUCCAGAAAUCCAAACCUGGUACGUAUAAGGGCCGUGUGAUCCAGUCAAAAAUCGAUUGUUUCAGAAAACCCAGUGGGGAUGUGAAGACCACAGAAAAGAAAGUGAUCUCAAAACUGGAUGAGACCAAAGCAAAACCUGAGGUGCCUAAAAUUCGGUCAAAGUCUGUUACUUCUCUGCAAACCUCUAUUAAACCAAGAGUCAACUCUGUUCUGUCAUCCAGAUCAAAAUCAGUCUCUGAUGUCCCCCGGAAUGUCCCUGAAAAACCAGUCCACAAGUCUGUUUCUCUUAAACAAAUACCUCAAAAGGUGCCAAGUUCCAUCUCCCAAACAGGAGCCCAUCGAGCUUGUGUUUUUCCCAGGCCAGCCCCUCUAGCUACAGGACGCUCGGCCACCAGCAAAGCCAUCACUAUGAAGAAGCAGGUGCCAAAACCCAAACCCACCCUCACUGAUCAAAACGUCAGCAGGGCUGUCACAAGUACAGUCAGCCAGUACAAAGUACAAAUGCAAACGGCUGAAGAAAGAAGAGCAAAGCUUGCAGAAUGGCUGGCUUCUAAAGGAAAGUCUCUGAAGAGGCCUCCAAUCUCAGACAACUCAGCAGUGCUUUCACGGAAACCAGCUCCACGGCCUAAAACUGGACCCAAAGCCACUACCUGUGUUCAAUCAAAGCCUGUCAUGCAGAAAACAGAGCCUGUAAAACCAGCCCCUGCCUUGAAGACCACCAACCAAACUGAUAAAGUCCCUGACUCAAAACCAGUGAAUACAAGUAAAUCAAGCAAUAUUAUGAAUACUACAUUAGACUUGCUGGACAACAGUGACAUGGAUCUGCCAGUUGACCCAGAGAUAAGAAUGGAGUCGUUGGUGAUGAACUUGUGUGAUAAACUGGAGGCGAUGGAAACGCCCUCAUCGUAUGAAGAUGCUAUGAAUGCUGACGGAUGUGAUGCAUUGGCAGAGAAGAGAAUGGAAAUGCAAGUAGAGGAGCACACAACAGAUAGAGUGUUUGAAAUUCUAGAAGAGGAAGAACUUGAGGAUGAGGAAGACAUUACAGAUGACAUUAAAAAGGCUGACAUAAAGCAUGAGGAUGAUCAGGAACCUCAGGAGAAGAAACUAUUUGAUAGUGAAGAUGAUGAUAGUGAGGAGAUGAGGUGUACCACUCCAGAGAUGGAAGGCGCAUCCAUUGUGAAAUACAAUGUAAAAACUACUCCAUAUCUGCAGAGUGUAAAAAAGAAAAUCGAGUGCGAGGCAGCACCAGGCAGUGGCUCUCGACACAAAAGCACCAUCAAAGACCUCAAGUUUCUGACACCUGUGCGACGAUCAACAAGAAUCCAGCGCAAGUCCUCCCGUCUGCCAGGUAUGCUGAACGAUCACGACACGUGCGUCUCCUCAUUGGCUGAGCUGGUACAGAUGGAAGAUGCCGAUGCGAAUGCUUACAUCUACAGAAAAAACCCAGCUCUACUGGAAGACUUGCCUGAUCACCCUGGAGACUUGGCAAAAGUAUGCAGUUAAACAAAAGAAGUCACUUUGUAAUUGGACAUUUAUAGCAUAUGUAAUGGCUGCAUUUUAAGGUGUUCUUUGUGACACUAAAAAAAGUAAUUUAAUAUUUAACUGUUUGCAUUGGGCUGCUACUACAUAGAGUAAUAUCUUAAUGUCUGCUUGACAAUAUGAUUUUAGGCACUUUUGUCAGCAUCUUCUGUGCUUUCAUAAGGCUUAUGUUUGUGUGUGUAUAUAUAUGAAGAGCUAUUUCUGUGCUUUGUACCACUUUAUUAUACCUGCUUUGUUCAUUUUAUAAACGUGGAAGUUGAAAAAAUUGUAAAAAGACUUGUUUUGGGAAGUAUCGAAUUUAGCAAACCAAAAAAUGUUUCCUUUCGCUUCACUUACAUUAAUUUCUCUCUAAGAUGCUUCCAGUAGGCUACUGCAAAUGUUAUUGUUCUGCUGUUCAUUUUCUCGCUUUUAAACUUGUUUGUUUUCUGAGCUUACAGUAAAGUCAUUUUAAUUCACAAAAAAUUUGUUGAAAUGUUCUCCGAGGAUAUAAUUCAUCCCUCAUUUCUGACCAUGUCUUUUUAAAGGCAAGAUGAGCAUUCACUACUUCAUUUUUUUUUAACCAUAAUGUUGAUCACUGCAAUAUAAGACAUUUUAAUAAAGAUUAUUUCAGUUCAA